AUGUCCCCCCUCUGGGGUUUACGACACAACGGGCGGGAGGAAGGGCAGGAUGAGGAUUUUGCCAGCGAGACGGGCAAUCGAGAUAGGAGAAUGCAGGACGCAGAUGAGAGGACACGUCUCUUACCAGCUGAACGAAAUGGAUACCUUCAUCCAGAUGACCCUGCUGUAUCGCCGUAUAAUAUAUGGGGUGUUCGGGCUCUUCGAGGUCUCACCCUGACCGUGUUAUUUAUAUCACUCCUCUGGUGGAUUUUGUUGCUCGUUUCGAUCUUCGUCAGCCCUCCUGGGAUGAGUAACCGAGGGUCAGGCUUCUCUGAUUUCUCAUUCACCACUCUGACGAUAUCUAACCUUCUCAUUGCCUUGAUAUUCUUCGCCAUCCCAUCGACGCCGAUGACGAUAUGGGCCAGUUCUUUGUCGGUACUCCUGAGUGUCAGUCUGUUCCUGACCCUUGGCGUCCCACGCCUUCGGGUAGAAGAAGGCUGGAUAGGGAUCGCAUCAGCAGCAUGGGCCAUGCUUAUCUCUCUCUACCUGGUAGCUCAAACGCAGGUGGUGGCUCGGAGCAAGAAGGAGGAAGAAGAACGGCUCACCGGUCGAGAGGAGACCCGUCGGUCGCUCGGAGAAUGGUUUGCUAUCCUGCUUCAAAUGGUGAUCAUGGCGGUUACCAUCCUUGUUGGCAUCCUACUCAUGUCCACUUUGAGUCUGCGCGCAAAGGACGCCACGUUGCAAGCACCGGGACAGAGAUAUUAUGUCGACGAUAACAAGUACCAAGUCCACCUUCACUGUAUUGGUGAACGUCCCACUUCGCAAGACGGUAACGAUACGGCAGUUACAGUCCUUUUGGAAGGGGGCGAGGCCCCCGUGGAAUAUACGUUCCAGAACUGGGUCGACGAAGCCUAUCAGCACGGUGUAAUCAAACGAUACUGCUACUGGGACCGUCCGGGAGUCGCCUGGUCGGACAACGCUCCGUCCCCGCACUCAGCCGGCAUGUCUGCAGAUGCCCUCUCUGAGGCCUUGGCCAUGGCCGAUGAAGAAGGGCCUUGGAUUGUUGUCUCGGCCGGCGUCGGGGGUAUAUACAGUCGCAUCUUUGCUAGCCGCCAUAUUCGUGACAUUCGUGGAAUGAUGCUUAUCGAUACCCUCCACGAAGACCUGCUCCAUACCCUAGGCAAGCCAAGCCGAGGACUAAAGCUCUGGAUACGGGGCAUACUCUCACCAUUAGGAAUCGACAGGCUUGCUGGUGCAAUCUUCAAAGGACGGACUCGUGCGGACCGGGUCUGCGGCAUGCGUGCCUACCAGGGUGGCAAGUUCAUCAAGGCCCAACUACAAGAGAGCCUGGUGGCAGAUUCCAUAACCAGCAGCGAGAUCUCGAGCGCCCGCCACAUCCAAAGCCCGUCUACCCCCUUAGUAGUCAUCAGUUCAGGAAGAGAGGUAAGACGAAGCCAGACCUGGGCCGAUAAGCAAGAAGAUUUGACCAAGGUUACGAAUAAUCUUGUUGCAUGGGACAUUGUCAAGGGAGCACCGCAUGAGGUUUGGGACACCCUCGACGGAAGGAGGAUGCUGGAGAAGCGACUGGAGGAGCUGAUGAAGAAGGGAGAGAGCUGA